CCCAGAAUGGAAACACAAAAUUGCAAAAUCUGCGAAACCGAAGCGCCCAAGUACGUAUGCCCCCGAUGCAACAUUCCGUACUGCUCCGUUGCCUGCUACAGAUCGCAAAGACACUUGGAAUGUUCCGAAGGGUUUUAUCGCGAAAACGUUGUGCAAGAACUGGCGCUCCGAAAAGCCGAAGGCGCUGCCGAUCAAUCGACCCAAAGUAUGAUGGCGAUACUGCACCGGAUAGCACAUGCAGACAGUGGCGCGCUGGACAAUGACGAGGCUAGCGAAACGUGCGGCCCAGAAGAAGGCAACGAUGAAUCCGACGGUGUGUUAGAUUCCGACGACGAAGAGGAAGAACCGGAUCUGGCCGUGCGGCUAGCCGGAAUCAAUCUAGACGAUGCGUCCAACGUUUGGGAGCGCUUGACGAGCGCGGAAAAAGAAGAGUUUGAGCGAAUGAUGGAAAACGGAGAAAUCAUGUCGAUGGUACCCGAACCGGACCUAUGGUGGACGAAAGCGUAUAAGGUGGACCUAGUUCAACCGUCCGCAGAUGAGCGGUCGCAUCAGGAACAGCAGCUUUUAUCGGCCUGCCCACCGGUGUGGGACAAAAUUGCCGAUUUCAACCAAAUGCUCCCCAACAAGCCGUCUCCAGUGGUGCGUUUUAAUGUCGCCAAUGUGCUGGCCGGGUACUGUUUCGUGUACACCUACUUUUACGCCGAUCUACACGCCCAUCCACUGGAGACGAUCGGCUGUCUUUUGGAUGUGUGCCUGAACUUGAAAAAUAACACAAACUUUGAUACGGAACCGAUGGCGAUCGAAUCCGUCGUUAGUGAGUGUCGUAAUGAACGGCUGCCGGUUCACCCACGGACGGGUCCGGCACUGAAAGCGCACAUUCGAACGCUCUUCGAGGGGCCGUGCGGUUGUGGGAGAAAGUUCAAAAAGCUCUUCCUUCUUGCCGCACUGUCCGAUGUUAGGAGUCUACUGUGUCAGGCCCGGCAACAGUUGAAACAACCAGAAAACCCCAGCGAUACGGCCGAAUGUGCGGAAGAAGGGUCCCGAAACGAUGAUCUAAAACUCAGAGUCAGCUCGACCGCCCUACGUGGAUGCGAAAAAAAGAUUGACUUCUACUUGGCGUACGCAAAAUCGGAUUAUGUGUGAAUAAAAUCCCC